ACUACAAACACCUUCAACUGAUAAAAUGUAUUCUUCUGCUGCUACUUUCUUUCCUUCACUCCACCAUGACCUUGAGAACUUCCACUCAAGAAGGUUGCUUCUUCACUCCCCACUGAACCAAUCAGCCAAGCCUCCGGCAACCCCCCACGAUUCCACAGAAACAUAUCUAGGAGACGGAAAUUUCGAUGCAAAUGUUGUGAUGGUACUCUCAGUACUACUCUGUGCACUAAUAUGCUCCUUGGGUUUGAACUCCAUCAUCAGGUGUGCACUGAGGUGUUCGAAUUUCGUAGUGAGUGACUCAGUGGCAACGAACAGCCCUCCAGCGAGAGUUGCCAACACAGGAGUGAAGAAGAAAGCCCUCAAGACUUUCCCCACAGUGACUUACUCGGCCGAGCUUAACCUGCCGAGUUUGGACUCAGAGUGUGUGAUAUGUUUGUCAGAGUUCACAGGUGGUGAAAAGGUGCGCAUUUUGCCAAAGUGCAACCACGGAUUCCACGUACGCUGCAUUGACAUGUGGCUCAGUUCACACUCUUCAUGCCCCAAAUGCAGACACUGCCUGAUCGAGACUUGCCAAAAGAUCGUUGGCUGCAAUCAGCAAGCUAGCUCCUCUCAACAACCCGUCUUGCAGGUGCCAGAAACCAUUCUCACCAUUACGCCACUGGACCCAGAAGGUUUGGUGCGUAACUAUAGGGAACUUUAGUGCUUAUUGCUUAAUGACAUAACACUUGCAGUUUAUUGGACCCUCGGUCAGCCAUAAUUGGUUAAGACCAGUCACCCACCACCACUCAAUCAUAAUUAAUGUAGUGCUUAAUCAUUAAUGUAUAUAAUUAAUCU